AUGGCGCCACCACAAGAUGAAGAAAUGAUGGAUUCCUCUUCCUCCUCCGAGAGCGAGUCUCACUUUGAGUCAGAAGAUGAGGCUCCCAAGAGGAAGCCCACCAUUGCGCUUUACGAUAAGGACUCGGACGAAGAAGAGUUGGAGCGUCUUGUUCUAGGUAACAAGGCUGGUUUCCGCGCGCAAUUGUUCAACAAUGAUGGAAUUUUCAACGCUGGCUGGGACGAUGCGGACGGCAAAGAGCUCCAGCUCGUCGACCAGGAUCCUGGAAUGGAGGACGUUGAGGAUGCGGACCUUUUCAUGUUUGACACUGGCGCUGGCCCAGGCGCUGCACAGGUUACCAAGGCCGCAAAGGCUGCUGAUUCAAACGCCGCUGUGUGGGAGGAUAGCGACGACGAUAGACUGGCGAUCUCACUUGCUGGAGCCACCCGGCUACGAAAACUACGAAAGACAGAGGCCGAAGAUCUUGUUACCGGAACCGAGUACAGCAGACGACUACGACAGCAAUACCUUCGAUUGAACCCUGUUCCUGCGUGGGCGCGCGAAGCAGAUGCACGAACGACCAAGCGAAGACGAUCAUCAGCUGCUUCCAACUCUUCAGCAGAUAGCGAUUCGGACGAGGAGGUUUCUGCGCAGCCUAUGGAGAAGUUCCUCCGUGACAUCAACAGCCUGACCGGAGCUGGAUCUGCCAAGAAGACACGCCUACGACCCGAGGUCAUUGAUAUCCAACGCACAAGAGAAAUUCCAGACCAACAUAAUGCGCCUGUCGAAUGUCUUUCUUUCCAUCCCGAGUUCCCUGUACUCAUGUCCUCAAGCCGCGCCUCUGUCAUCUACCUCCAUCACAUUGCGCCCGCCGCUCACCCUAUACCCAACCCCCUGUUGACCUCCGUGCAAGUUAAGCAAGUCGACGUUCGACGAGCCGAGUUCUUAUAUCCCCAAGGCGACAAGAUCUUCUUUGCCGGACGACGAAAGUACUUCCACCACUGGGAUCUCAAGUCUGGAAUUGUGCAGAAGACAACGCAAAUUCAGGGACACCAGAAGGAGCACAAGACUAUGGAGCGAUUCAAGCUCAGCCCUUGUGGACGCUACAUGGCGAUUGUGGCAUCUACCAAGAAGGGAGGCGGUAUUAUCAACGUUCUAAGCACAACAACUUCACAGUGGAUUACCGCCGCUAGACUAUCGGGCCACGGCGGCAUUGCUGAUUUUGCUUGGUGGAGCACUGGAAACGGAAUGACAAUUCUCGGUAGGGAUGGUCAAGUCGGCGAGUAUAACAUGGAGAGCCGCUCUUUCUUGGGUAUCUGGCGCGAUGAGGGUUGUGUCGGUGGUAUUGUGCUGGCUCUUGGUGGUCACCACGGCCCAGAGCAGCUGGGCGACGACCGAUGGGUUGCCGUCGGUUCCAACAGUGGCAUCACCAACAUCUACGACCGCACCGAGCUUCUCGACUUCAAGGCAGAGGAGGUUACCAUCAAGGAGCGCCCCUCACCCAAGCGAGUCCUUGAGCAGCUUGUCACCCCUAUCACAACCAUCACCUUCUCUCCAGAUGGUCAAAUCAUGGCUUUCGCAAGUCAGCACAAGAAGGAUGCGCUACGACUGGUGCAUCUUCCUACCUGCACGGUGUACCGUAACUGGCCUACCCAACAGACACCCAUGGGAAGAAUCACGUCGGUUGCGUUUGGAAAUAAGAGUGAUUUGUUGGCAGUUGGUAAUGAUUCAGGAAAGAUUAGACUGUGGGAGAUUAUGAACUAG